AAAAAAAAAAGGAGCAAGACAGGACAGGGAGAGCAGCUACGAGAAAGGGAAACCGGGGCUCACACACCAGCAGCAGCAGCAGCAGCAGCAGCUCAACAUGUCAAAAUAUUCAAAUAGCGGAGGGACAGAUAUGGGUGCUGGGUGUGCUUGUUGGAUCGGCGAGAAAAUAGUGCCUAAUUUGGAUGACUCCACUUGAAAAAGCCUGAAUUGGGGAAUGCUUUGCCUUUCGGACCUUAUCUCUCUCUACUUUUCUCUCUUUCUGCCACACUUUUUUUUUUUUACCCUUUUCCUUUGCUCUCUUUUUUUUUGCUUCCAACCUUUUUGUCAAUGGACGAUUACCUCGCCAAUCAGGGGAUCGCACUCCAGGACGGCGUACUUGUUGCCACAAAGCACAUUGAACCCGGCACAACAGUCCUGCAGCAGCAGGCGCUGGCCAGCGUACCGUUGCCAACGAUCCGGGGCCAACGGUGUAACUAUUGUCUUCGAAAGGCCGCCUUGCAAUGCUGCUCCCGGUGUCGAUCGGCCUACUUUUGCAGCAACGAAUGCUUCCGGAACGCCUGGCUACAAUUCCAUCGGGUCUUGUGCGAGCCUCAAGAAUACGACAUUUAUGUGGAUGUGGACGCGGAUCGCUGGUUACUGGAACGGGCUGCUCUGACGCUACACAGUCACAAUCGCCUGAGUAAGCAUCAUUCGCAUUCUCCGCCACACCUGCCAUUGGCCAUCGACGCACUCCAUUCGCUCUCCUCGCCACCCUCGUCUCCGAAAAAGCAAGCAUCACCACCACCCACACCAUCAACACCGAUUUCCGCAGAUAAUAACGAUAGUAGUAAUACAACAGCAUCAUCAUCAUCAUCACCACAACCACAACCAACAUCAUCAUCAUCAUCAUUAUCACCCAAAGAAGUUGACUUGGACGCCGUCGCUCAAUCCCUGGAGCCUUUUGGCUGUCACUAUACCAAGGACGAGCUGGAGGAUCUGUGGAAAAAGGUACAGAAAUCCACGUUUGAAAUUGUCGACCACGACCAAUAUCUGGACACCAUUGCACUCGGUGUCUAUCCUAUCACAUCCCUGUACGUCCGCCACUCGUGUCGGCCCAACACCGGAGCGGUCUACAAACGGGGUGUUCAGCUCCUGGUAGCAUUGGAUGAUAUAGCGGCUGGCGAGCCGAUCACAUUGAGCUAUGUCGACCUACUCGAAUCCAAAGCUGAGCGAAUGCAGCAACUUACACAACGGUUCGGACCCGAUUAUGCGUGUCACUGUGCACGCUGCACCGGCGAUUAUGCUAUCCUGGACCAACUUUUGGACGCCAGUCCGGAAUCACGACCAGGCUAUGACGAGGCCGAAUUGGAACGACAGUGCCAGACGUGGAAUGUCCUCAACAUGGUCAAGGCGUACCAAACCAUUGCCACGCCCCGUGUCCUCGAUGCUUCCAACUACACGCACUACACAAGCCGGAUCAUGGCACCCGAUAUCUAUGCACCUGUCACGACCCCGCGUCAUCACCAUCAUCAUCACAGCAACGAGGACUUGCAUUUCUUGGGCAAGGAAAGCAAAGUCAUGACGGCCAGACGCGUGGUUCCAGCUCAGGUGCCCAGCGUACCUGCCUUUACGCUGCAAAGCUUACGUGCUGCACGCAAUGAGAGCCGCUGGGUCGAGGCUUCUCGAUGUGCCCUUUACUUGUUUGUCACGUAUCGAUUGGUCUAUCCCACACUGCAUCCGACAUUCCUGAUUGUCGCACGUUCAGCAUGGAAUUCCUUGCUGGCAGGUAUUGGGCGCAAGCUGGAACGCAUCUAUGAGAACGGUGUGCCCGUAGCCCGGGAAUCGGUGUAUCAUACCUUUGGUCAAGAAACGAAUCUGUGGCGUGAAAUUUGGGUGUUUGAACGAGAUCAAAAGUUAAAGUAGUCAGUCACCCCCGCCCCCCUUAAACCUACCCCACCUCCCUCGCAUACACACAUUGUUCUUCACAUACUUCCCACUUGUCUCUGUUUCCCUAUCUGUACAUUCUAUCUCUAGCUUAUACUAUAAUACUCUCGCACACACUUUGUAAUCCCCACAGCAUACUAUAGAAGACAUAUAUACUCGCUCUGUGAAUAUAAGCAAUCUCCAUUAUCUUUUUUCCUCUGUGGUUUUUCUUUUUUUGAAAAAGCUUGGGGGAUGAAGCGCA